CAAAAACAUUCUUAACUCUUAUCCAAACACAAAGAGACUUUGAUUCAUAUGGUCGUGACAGAAGCCAUGAAAGCCAAGGCAGAGGUCUACCAUGGAGACAAGACAUGCAGAGAUAAAUUUACUUCACUUCUGUCCCAAAUCGGUUUACCAAACCGGCUCCUUAGUAACCAGGAGAUUGAAGAAUGUGGUUACGUGAAGGAUACAGGUUUCGUGUGGCUAAAGCACAAGAAGAAAGACGAGAAAAAGAGGUAUCAAGACUUGUUUAGAUUCGAUAACGUUGUGGUAUGUUUCGAAGAUGAAGUCACUGCUUAUUUGGAGCCUAACAAGAUCAAGAAACUCACUGGUGUUAAGGCCAAAGAGUUCAUGGUGUGGAUCUCUCUUGGUGAGAUUCUUGUAAACCGGUCUUCUGGUUUGAUAACUUUCAAGACACAUGUUGCUUUAUUGUCCAAGUCGUUGCCCUUGUCCCUGUUUGAAGACGUUCAAGCUGAUCAUGAUCUCAAGGAGAAGCCAAAGAAGGUUCAACCAAAAUUAAACAACACCAAAAUUUAUUUAUACUAA